UGUCGCCGCCUCAUUAAAACUCAGUCCACGAGACUUAAGUCUCAGCAUGAGUUGGAGUGCGCGAACUGACGAAAAGUGCUCAAGUUUAAGAGUCGGACUUGGAUUUCAGAAGCCCAUGCUACUUUUUUAAGAAAGUUUCAGGUGUGAAGCAGUGAGUCAUUCCAUACUAAACACCUGCAUCAGUAUAAAGGAGUUAACCUCACUACCUACCGGACGAGACCCCCAAUUAAAUUGCAUACGUUCAUCUGGAAUCAUCUGGUGUGGAAACACAAUGAUCUCGAUUUUCCGAACCUGCCUCAGAGGAAUCUACAGUUGUCAUUGCAGCAGUCAGAAUCGAAGACAGAAUACGGCUUGCUGCUGGUUCUCCUUUCUGUCUUUUGUGUCCAUACUUGCCCUGAGUUGGAUGUACGUUUGUUUUAUUGCCUUCAACGACCAAGAUGAUGUAAACUGGAAAGCCUUCAAAACAUUAAAAAAAUGGGUAAACUGGUACAUGAUAGCGAUGGUUGUUUCUGCCGUGCUGGCCAUAUACGGCCUCCUCCUACUGGUAUUUGGAUUGCUACAUUUAGCAAUCAGAGAGCCCAUGAAAUUACACUGUCUGCAUAAGGUGUUUCUGUUUUUGGGUCUCCUCUAUGUUACUUUGGGCAUAGCUGGAUUUUGUAUACAAUGGAACGAUGAAUGGCAAACUGUCUAUAUGUCAUUUCAGGCCACUGCUCCUUUCCUGCAGCUGGGUGCUGUGGUGGCUUUGACCUUAAUCAGCUCGCUGGUGUUCCAGAGUUAUCAUACAGCUAAAACAGCUGCUUGUAAGGCUUUUAUAAUGAUGACCUUCCUGCUAGUGUCUGCUGCUGUGUUCCUGUGUCCUCUUGCAAUCCACUCUCCAUGCAUUACCAAUAAUCUUCCACCAAAACCCGCCCUCAUUGGACAUCGUGGCGCUCCAAUGCUGGCUCCAGAGAACACCAUGAUGUCAUUCAGAAAGAGUAUAGAGUGUGGCGUGGUGGCAUUUGAAACAGAUGUGCAACUCAGUAAGGACAUGGAGCCUUUUCUUAUGCAUGACACUGGUUCAAACUUUCUGCUGCGAACCACUGAUGUGAAGACGAAGGAGGAAUUUUCAGGUCGAGAUGGGGACACGCACAAUAACUUCACUUUGAAAGAGUUAAAGACUUUAAAUGCAGGCGAAUGGUUUGCAAGGACAGAUCCAUUUCAGUCAGUGUCAUCGCUCUCAAAAGAAGAGAAGAUGGAGGCUAACAACCAGACAGUGCCAUCUUUUUUUGAGCUCUUACUCAUGGCCAAAAAACAUAAUAUCUCUCUCAUAUUUGACCUAAAAAAUGAGAAAAACUCGACAGGAUUCCACAACAGUGACUCUUACUACGCCACCGAAACGAUCAAAGAAUCAGGCAUAUCACCAGAAAAGAUAUGGUGGCUUCCUCCAGAAUAUAGACACGACGUGAGAAAAGUUGAACCAGGGUUCAGACAGGUGUAUAAUACUAGAUCCGACAUGGAAGCGGAUAAUGGAAGCUUUCUGAAUGUGAAAUAUAGUUCAUUGAGUACUCGUAAUAUAAGUGAGCUGCGGGAAAAGAAUGUGUCCGUGAAUCUGUGGGUUGUGAAUGAGAGCUGGCUCUUCUCAUUACUGUGGUGCUCUGGGGCCAGUUCAGUGACCACCAAUGCCUGCCACAUCCUCAAAAACAUGUCUAAGCCUGACUGGCAUCUGGAGACAAAUAUCUACAUGGGAAUAUGGAUUUCGGCUGAUGUAACAGCAUUGGUGUUCAUGUUUGGCUUGUUUCUUUGGCAAAGGAGGAGGAACGAUGUUUUUCAUCAAAAUACACACGAGAAAGGUGUCCCUCUGCUUCCUCACACAAUGCUGCCAUCGUCAUCAUGAGAGGGAAUUUUCUUGUUUCAUUUUUUGAAGGACUGUAUGUGGACAUCAUAAGAAAAUCACAUCAUAUUAUAUGUAGUAAGCAGUACAUUUAUUUGAUGUGAUUUUUUUGGUGAUUAUUGAUAUACAAAUUUCUAUAUAUUUCAUAUCAUUUCCUCAUUAGGGCAGCAUUAUUGUGCAGUGCUGCCACCCCUUGACUCAGUUGUUUUGCAACACCAGAACUGUAACUUUUCAUUUAAAUAUGACAGUACUUUUUAUAGAGGUUGUUUACUUAUGUGACACAUUGUGAGACUUUAAAAAACUUUAAACCCACUAGAAGUUGAACCCACUUUUUAAGUGUCUUUAACUGCUAUGCACUUCAUUCAUUUUAAUCAUUUGAUGCAAUGCACAUAUCGUGUUUCUGUAGUUUUGACCUUACUGUUCAACCCACCUGUAAAGCUAAGCUUACCACCGAACCGUAUCCAGUGUCAAUAGCAGAAAAAGUGCUUUGCAAUGCAACAUGAGCACAAUAAGUACACUGUACCUACAAAUUAGGUUUUUCUACAUAGUAGUUAAAGAGAUCUAAUGUUAAUAUGAACAAAAUGUUUAUAUGUAAAUAUUUUUAUUGGUUUUUAUAUUUUUUCUUUUCCUUUUUUGAUAAAUAGGCAUUCAAGACAAAUUCAGAAAGAGUUGGUUUAAGUAUAACUGCAUUGUUGUGUGUGCAUUUUUUUUUUUUUUUUUUAAGAGGUUGGGGGAUCAAGGUAAGGUAUGAAAGGUAUGGGGGAUCAAUGUUGGCUGGUUAUAAGAAUUGACUGGUACAGGGUACAUUUUGGGCUCAUAAUAUUUAUGUAUUUUUUUUCAUAGUAUUUGACUCACAUGGGAGUGGGUUGGGAUGGGAGACAUUUUUCAUUUGUUGUUUAUUUUGGAUACCUUUGAUUAAUUAUGCUUUUCGGCUAACAUCAUUUAAAGCUAAUAUAAUAAUUUAUGAUAUAUUAUUACUUUUCACAACUUUUGCAAUCUUUUAAAUAAACAUUAGAGAGAUUAUAUAUGUUGUUUUGCUUUUUAAAGUGCCUGUUUAUACCCAUUAUGGUUUCCACAUAUUAAGUCUGGAGGAACUAAAUUUAAUUUUUCAAGAAUCAGCCACUAAAAAUCCCAUAUUAAUUGAACAAUAACUUUGUCCGAGCAAUUAACUUUGUCCAUAUUGAUUAAAUAAUAAUAAGUUAUUGUUAUUGAUAUUACAUUUGGUUCCUGCAGUCCUAAAUAUGUGGAUAGCAUAAAAUGUACACUAUCAGUCAAAGGUUUUUGAACAGUAAGAUUUUUAUUAUUUUUUAGUCUAUUCUCCUCACCAAAAAUCUUUUUCACAAUUUUAAAUAACUGUUUUCUAUUUGAAUUUAUUUUACAAUGUAAUUUAUUCCUCUGAUCCAAUUUAAAUUUUCAGCAUCAUUACUCCAGUCUUUAGUGUCACACGAUCCUUCAGAAAUCAUUCUAAAAUGCUGAUUUACUGUUCAAGAAACAUUUAUUAUUAUUAGCAGUAUUUUUUAUUAUAGAAUUUAUUAUUGUAUGUUUAUUUGUUAUAAUUAUAGAAAUUAAUACUUUUAUUGAGCAAGAAUGCUUUAAAUGGAUCAUAAGUGCUGAUAAAGCCAUUUAUAAUAUUACAAAAGAUUUCUAUUUCAGAUAAAUGCUGUUCUUCUAAACUUUCUAUUCAUCAAAGAAACGUGAAAAAAUUCUACUUGGAAUUGUUUUCAACAUAAGAAUAAUAAUCAAUAAUAAUAAAUCAGAAUAUAAGAAUGAUUUCUUAAGGAUCAUAUUACUGGAGUAGUGAUGCUAAAAAUUCAGCUUUGAAAUCACAGAAAUAAAUUAGAUUUUAAAAUAUAUUAAAAUAGAAAACAGUUAUUUUAAAUCGUUAAAAAAAAAAUUAAAAUCGUACUGUUUUUGCUGUACUUAAAUACAGGCUUGGUGAGUAGAAAAAUAUUCUUAAAAAAUAAAUAAAUAAAAAUCUUACUGUUAAAAACCAUUUGACUGGUAGUAUAUAAACAGGCACUUUGAGGAGCAAAACAAGAUCUAAAGUCUUCCUAAUGAUUAUUUAAAAGAUUGUAAAAGUUGUGAAAAUUAACAAUAUAUCAUACAUUUUUAUAUUAACCAUUAUCUGUUAAGGUUUAGGUUUUAUCUGUUAACAUUUCCAUCUUUUCCGUUUGUUGCAUCCCUCUAAAAACCGUAGCCUUUCAACACUGUGCCAACCAACCACACAACCUGAGCCACAAGUGCACAAAAAACUCCAGUCAUGAUUGUAUUUUUUAUAAGGAUAUAUAUUGUGACAUUAAAUGUGAGAUCUUCAUCAAAAAAAACGACAAGCUAACCCUGCACUGCUUUACCACAGGCUACUGUUAUGCUUGUUUUUAAUGUGAAUUUUUUGGUUUACAGAUGAGAAAAGAUGUUGUUGUUUUGUAAUUAAGUCUUUUUUAUUUGUAUGAUGAAAUUUAAUAA